AUGGCAAAGUAUUCGUCAUUGAAACGAUUGGAAGGGUUGGCAGGAAAUAAAGGACUAGAUGAUUUACAUUUACCAACUAUUACAGAUGCCAAUGCUGAAGAUGUAGUGGGUCGGAUCAGAUUACAAAAGAAUGAUCGAGUGGCUACAAGUACUUGGAUUGAUUCACAAAGAACAACUUUAUUGGCAUAUGAAUAUCUUUGUCAUAUUGGAGAAGCAAAACAAUGGAUUGAGGAUUGUAUUCAAGAAGAAAUACCACCAGUCAUUCAUUUGGAAGAAGCUUUAAGAAAUGGUAUUGUACUGGCCAAACUGGCUAAUUGGAUUGUACCUGGUUCAGUGCGUAAAAUUUUCUAUGUAAGUCAACCUCUACCUUUUUUUUUUUUUUUUUUUUUUUUUUUUUUUUUUUUUUUUUAA